UGGUUUUGCUGGAAUCUUUUGCAGAAAGGACUGGACCCAGUGGAGGCCAAGAUAAACAAAGAGAUUGGAGAAAAGCUCGAUGUGAUUGAACUCGUUCCAUCUUCUUCACCAAAAAUAUUCAGGAUUGCAGAUAUGGGUUGUUCUGUUGGGCCAAACACAUUCAUUACCAUGGAAAACAUAGUCAAAUCUGUAGAACUCAAAUAUCAUUCUCAAUGCACCUCUCAAGAAGAAGCUCUUGAGUUUCAAGUGUUUUUCAAUGACCUCAUCUCGAAUGAUUUCAACACACUCUUCAAGGAACUUCCAUCGGAUAGGCAAUACUUUGCGACUGGAGUGCCUGGUCCUUUUCAAGGUCGAUUGUUUCCCAAGAAUUCUCUCCAUUUCAUCCACUCAUCCUAUGCACUUCAAUGGCUCUCAAGUAUUCCAAAAGAGUUGGUAGAUGAGCACUCCCCGGCAUUCAACAAAGGCAGAGUCUUUUAUGCAAGUGCCCCAAAAGAAGUUCUUGAAGUUUACUCUGCUCAAUUUGACAAGGACAUGGCAUCUUUUCUGAAUGCCAGGGCACAAGAGCUUGUCCAUGGAGGACUUAUGGCCAUUUUGAUACCAUGUAUUCCCCAUGAUGUUCCUCCAUCACAAUGCAACAUCUUUGCAGUUUUUGCUUUACUCGGAGAGAGUUUUACAGACAUGGUCAACCUGGUAAGAGAACACUUGAACUUUUCCACUUCAGACCCUCAUCCUUGAUAUUGCUCUUACUGAUUUGUCUUGUUUGUCACACUUCAGGGAUUAGUUAGUGAAGCCAAAGUGGACUCCUUCAACUUGCCUUUGUACAGCCCAACUUCACAAGAGCUGAAGGCAUUGAUAAAGAAAAAUGGUUGUUUCAGCAUUGAGAGAAUGGAACCAAUACACCGUCGUCGUCCAAAGAAAGUAGAAGCUUCUACCAUAGAAGCCUAUA